GCCCUGAAACUGGAUGUACCCGUGGACGAAAAACUCUCAGCCAGUGAUGUGAAAAGCAAGCUGUUGACCCACGUCCCAGAGAGUGCAAAGCAGCCUCUAACGGACUUUAUCACUACACUGUACCAAGUGUAUCAAGAUCUUCAUUUUACGUACCUGGAAAUCAACCCAUUAGUGGUCAAAGGAACACAGAUAUAUAUUCUUGACCUUGCUGCCAAAAUUGACCAGUGUGCUGAAUUCUUAUGCAAAGCAAAGUGGGGGAAUGUGGAAUUUCCUCCUCCCUUUGGCAGAGAUGCUUUACCAGAGGAAGCAUAUAUUGCUGAACUGGAUGCCAAGAGUGGAGCAAGUCUCAAGCUCACAGUACUCAACAGAAGAGGUCGUAUAUGGACUAUGGUAGCUGGAGGAGGAGCUUCAGUCAUUUAUGCGGAUACCAUUUGUGACCUUGGUGGAGCGUCUGAACUGGCCAAUUAUGGAGAAUAUUCCGGUGCACCCAGUGAACAGCAAACCUAUGAAUAUGCAAAGACUAUUCUGUCUCUCAUGACAGAGGAACACAAUCCUGACGGCAAAAUACUUAUCAUUGGUGGUGGCAUUGCAAACUUCACCAACGUUGCUGCCACAUUCAAGGGUAUUGUGAGAGCACUAGAAGAGUUCCAGCAGAAACUGGUAGAAGGCAAGGUGACCAUUUAUGUCAGGAGAGCCGGGCCAAAUUACCAGGAGGGCCUCAGAAUUAUGAGAGAGCUGGGAAACCGACUGGGGUUACCAAUUCAUGUCUUUGGUCCAGAGACUCACAUGACUGCAAUCGUCAGCAUGGCUCUGGGUAAGAGAGACAUUCCUACCACACCCAAGGCUGUACCGACCACAGCCAACUUUCUGCUGCCAGCAUCUGCAAACCAGCCAUCUCCUAGUUCCAGUAGACGAGGCUCUCAGGACAAAGUCACCCCCAGCAAAACCUCUCCCACCAGUGCCAGCUCUGCUCAGCAGAACGGUGUGACCCCAAGCUCCAGGGACAUCAAUCUUUUCACUAGAGACACUGAGUGCAUUGUAUGGGGCAUGCAGCAGCGAGCUGUUCAGGGCAUGCUGGACUUUGAUUACGUCUGCUCAAGGACCAAGCCAUCUGUUGUUGCUAUGAUUUACCCAUUCACAGGUGAUCACAAGCAGAAGUUUUAUUGGGGCCACAAGGAGAUACUCAUUCCAGUUUACAAGAAUAUGGAUGACUGCAUGAAAAAGCACCCUACUGCUGAUACUUUGGUCAACUUUGCUUCUUUGAGGUCUGCUUAUGACAGCACCAUUGAAACUCUCAACUAUCCACAGAUUCGUUCCAUCUCUAUCAUUGCUGAGGGCAUUCCAGAGAAUCUGACCCGUCAUCUCAUUAAAGUUGCAAAUGCAAAGGGUGUGACAAUAAUUGGUCCAGCCACAGUGGGUGGUGUGAAGCCUGGCUGUUUCAAGAUUGGCAACACUGGUGGCAUGCUAGACAACAUUCUGGCAUCCAAAUUAUACAGACCUGGCAGUGUGGCCUAUGUGUCCAGAUCAGGUGGUAUGUCCAAUGAGCUGAACAACAUUAUUGCUCUCAAUGCUGAUGGUGUAUAUGAGGGCAUAGCAAUCGGUGGUGACAGGUAUCCUGGCUCAACUUUCAUGGACCACAUACUCAGAUAUCAGGCCAACCCAGAAGUCAAGAUGAUUGUUCUACUUGGAGAAGUUGGUGGUGUGGAAGAGUAUCAGCUCGUGGAUGCUAUGAAAAAUGGAACAGUAAACAAGCCUGUGAUUGCCUGGUGCAUUGGUACUUGUGCCAAGAUGUUCACUUCAGAGGUUCAGUUUGGCCAUGCUGGUUCAUGUGCUAAUGCUGAUACAGAGACUGCUAAUGCUAAAAACGAGGCACUCAGGGCUGCUGGGGCAACAGUGCCAAAGAGCUUUGAUGAGCUGGGAACAACAAUACAUGAUGUUUACUCACAACUUGUGGCAAAUGGAACAAUUGUACCUCGGCCUGAGGUAGCACCACCGACUGUUCCUAUGGACUUCAACUGGGCAAGGGAGCUGGGACUGAUCAGAAAGCCAGCUUCAUUCAUGACCAGCAUCUGUGAUGAGAGAGGACAGGAACUACUGUAUGCUGGUAUCCCCAUUACAGACAUCUUCAAGGAGGACAUGGGCAUAGGGGGUGUCCUCAGUCUGCUGUGGUUUCAGAGAAGGUUGCCGCGGUAUGCAACAAAAUUCAUUGAGAUGUGCUUGAUGGUGACGGCGGAUCAUGGGCCUGCAGUGUCAGGAGCUCACAACACCAUUGUUUGUGCCAGAGCAGGCAAAGAUCUCAUCUCCUCACUAACAUCUGGUUUACUCACCAUUGGCGACAGGUUUGGGGGAGCAUUAGAUGCAGCAGCCAGACAGUUCAGCACCGCAUUUGACAGUGGACAAAUACCUAUGGAGUUUGUCAAUGAAAUGCGCAAGAAGGGAACCCUUAUCAUGGGAAUUGGACACAGAGUCAAAUCACUCAAUAAUCCAGACAUGAGAGUGGUUAUCUUGAAAGAGUAUGCUCAGAAACACUUUCCUGCCACACCACUGCUGAGCUACGCUCUGGAAGUGGAACAGAUAACAACAUCAAAGAAACCCAACUUGAUCCUGAAUGUGGAUGGUGUCAUUGGAGUUGCAUUUGUUGACCUCCUUCGGAACACUGGCUGCUUCACAAGAGAAGAGGCCCAAGAGUUUAUUGAAAUUGGAGCUUUGAAUGCCUUGUUUGUUCUUGGACGCAGCAUGGGAUUUAUAGGCCACUUUUUGGAUCAGAAACGCUUGAAACAGGGUCUGUACCGCCAUCCAUGGGAUGACAUCUCCUACAUAAUGCCAGAGACCAGCACCAUGGCCAACAUAGACUCCAUUUAA